AUACUUAAACUCGGACUACCACCACCACCAAAAUCCAACUCAACAAAAUGACCACUGUUCUUGCCUUGAAUUCCCGUUCUGCGCUGAAAGCUGUAACUCGUACCCUUGUGUCGCGUUCUGUAGGACCCGUUGCGACAACGAGUAUGAGAUAUAGCAGUACAAUGCACGACAAUGACCCAGAUGUUCUGGACACUGAAAAGAAGCGCAAUCUUUCAAAAACCCAACACGGCACUUCCACUCCUCAUGACCACGCUCCGGGCUGGAAUGAACACCUGGCUUCCGCUUCCGAGGCUCAUGUCAAGGCCGAUCGUUCGACCGCCUCGCCGAGCGAGCUUACAGACAAGACCAUAAAGUACAUCCAUGAACGUCAUUCGCCGGAAAACGCCGUACAGCCUACUGAGGCUUCCUUCUCUAGGGACGCAGUCGAUGGGCCUUUAGGUCAAGCUGAAGGUCAUGAUGGACAAUUGAUUGAAGAGACGGUCGAAAAAAAGAAAUCAACCACGAAAGUAUUUAGUUCGUCAACUUGAAAGCUCGACGUUUGAAGAAGUGUAUCGCUGUACUAUAGAACAAUUGCUUUCAUGUAUUCUAUGUUCACUAAUUGAUGUCUAC